AUGCCGCCGAAGAUGAAGAAGGCGAUGGCCGCGCCAGUGAUGGGCAAGGGAGCCCUCGCGGCAGCGAUCGCCGAGGCCGCCGAGACCGACAAGAAGACGGCGGCCAAGAUCCUGGAGACGCUGGCGCAGAUCGCGACGAGUGAGGUGAAGAAGAACGCAAAAUUCACCGUCCCUGGGCUAUGCAUGAUCAAGACUCGCAAGAAGCCCGCGACCAAGGCCGGGAAAAGGGAGAUGUUCGGCAAGAUUUGCGUCGUGAAGGCGAAGCCGGCCAAGACUGUCGUCAAGGCGUUCGCAACGAAGGCGUUGAAGGACGAGUUCUGA